AAUUGAAUGAAGAAAAGAUUGAAUUUCUGAUCCGGGAAAUGGAUCUGUUGUCUUUCUAAUGUCGUCUAAUAUAACACAUUGAGAUGUUCUCUCAGUUUACCUCCCUUUCCUUUUAGACACUUCCUUUCUCUCUAAACUAGUCUAGUUAAUCUCUACUCAGAGAUUAGUUAGGAUUUGAUCUGGUUAAUAAAAUGUCACAUAAGUCAAAGAUAGACCUCAACAGAUAAAGUAAAAGGGAGAGUUGAUUCAAUUAGUUUCAAUCUUUGUCUUCCUGCCUGCUGCUGUUACUUUUCCUCUUUCCUACCCUCAGAACCCCCCUCCCCCCUCCCUGUCGCACACACUAAUAGAGUUGUUAAAUCUAUCUAACCCCAUUCCCUUUUAGCCCAUACGACACAACAGUCUUUCUGUUUUUCAUUUUACUUGGGAUUGCAAUUGAAUUGCUACGCAUAUUUACCCGGCGUCAACAACUCGCAAAGCGAGAUCCCACCCUUGAGCGUGCUGCGAAAUAGGACCCCGGUUCAGUAUUUUUUCCCUUCAAUUCUUUAAAUUUUUCUCUGAAGUCAAUUUUUUCAUCAUUCUUUUGAAGUUAUCUUUCAGUCCAUUCUUUUGAAUCCAUCUUUGUUUGUCAUUAAUCGAUAACUGUGAAUCGCGAUCAGAGAACAUUUAAGAACUAAAAAACAUAAGCAUUACAUUGCGAAUUUACUGGCGUCAACUUUCUUACUGUACUUUUCAAAUGGUCCAUUGUUGAAUUAUUCAUGAAAUCCGCGUGAACAAGAAGCGAAGAAAUUGAGUCGGCGCUGCUACAGUGGAGAUACAAGAUACCAACUGUGCUGUAAUCCCAAAUCCAACUCACUUUACCGAAUUGUUUAGCGAUUGGAAUAUACAGAACCAGAAGUUAAUCCAAAACUGAUUCCAAACUCCAGCAAAACAAUGUCUUCCUACGGUUUGAGAGACAGCGCAAGUAGCGCCCAACUGAGCUCCUUAGCCCAGCAGGUUAAUUAUCAUUCCUCGACUGAAAACAACAAUCACAUCAACCAUAGCUCCUCUAAUUUCUCAAUUCCCAACUCAUAUUCGACUUACAACCACCAGAUGAUGAACAAUAGUGUGAGUCAUGGAUCCCAAUUGUCGGCAAACUUUUUCCAGUCUAACACAACGGGGAGACGCGGGAAGCUAUCAGCUACCGGAAUUGGAAUGGGGGCUGCUCCGCCUGUCGGAAUGGGACCGGUAGUUGGUGUUACCAGUGGUCGACUAAGCAAGACACCAUCGACUGCCGAUUCGAAUUCGGCAAUUCAGCCGAACCAAUUCGUACAUGCGAAGUCGUAUAAUGACAUUAACAGUGUCAAUGCAGAAGCUACUGCUUGGAACCUGUAUAACAUGGCACACUCGAAAAGCGAAAAGGCGUCUCGUGCCGUGGAGUUGUUGGAGGAGUAUCACUCGAGACUGACCAGACCGGCUGACAGACAGCUGCGGGACUCGGUCCAGAGGGUCAUCACAGUGUUCAGAUCCCAGCUGUUCCAGGCUCUGCUAGACAUCCAAGAGUAUUAUGAGUCAUGUAUUGUGGACGGAGAGACAAUGUUACAGAGUGGAGGACCAAUCCCUUCCAGUCAAUUCACCACUAUGCCUCCUUAUCAGGGAGCUCAGGGUGGAACUAUAAGCACAAUCCAAAUGGCAACCAUGAUGGCAGGGACUUCUCACGCUACUCCUCCCAUGCAAAGAGGGCCCCAACAAAACAUGAGUUUACAAAGACAGCAGCAGCAUCAUUAUCCUCCUCCGAUGGAACCCCCGGCACCUCCCAGACCCUACCCGCCAAAGUCGGCACCAGGACCGGGAGUGCAAAUGGACGAGCCCCAUCUGAGCAGGAGUCAGUCGAUGGGGGUGCAAGGGGCCCCCUCGGACUCGAUGAUGCAGCAGAGGGGAGGUGGAAUGGGCAUGGGUGGGGGAGGACAAUCUACUAUGCCGAAGAAUGAGCCCAAGCAGGAUUUGGUGCAAGGAUAUGCUGUACAAGGAUACGCGCCACCAGUGCAGGCGCAUCCGCCACCAGCAGUCAUGAAUGCAGACCAAGUUGAAUAUUCUGGCGAGGGUGACAAUGAGUACGAGGACUUGGUGAUGACACUACACAAGGGACCAGAGGGACUGGGCUUCUCAAUUGCAGGAGGCAAAGACAACCCCCACAUUGGAACGGAUCCCCACAUCUACAUCACCAAAAUUAUCCCAGGGGGAAAUGCUGAACAGGAGGGCACUCUGAGGGUGAAUGACAUUCUGCUGAGUGUGAACGAGACGUCAACUGAGAACGUGACUCAUGCACAGGCAGUGGAGACUCUGAAGAGGACUCCCAAUGUGGUCCGAAUGAUGAUUCGUCGCAUCCAAAUGGCGGCGGCCGAGAAGCUGAUCGAGAUAGACUUGGUCAAGGGCGAAAGUGGACUGGGCUUCUCCAUUGCUGGAGGCAUCGGCAACAACCACGUGCCAGGGGACUGUGGCAUCUUCGUCACUAAGAUAAUCCCGGGCGGGGCGGCCGAGGCGGAGGGACAGCUGGAAAUGGGGGACAGAAUUAUUGCUGUGAGAUCCUGGGAAUCGAAAAAUCCCAAAGAGACGAUGUUCGACAAGAACCUGGAGAACGUGUACCAUGAGGAGGCUGUUGGUACUCUGAAGAGGAUCAAGGAGAAUGUGAUUCUGGUGGUGGCCAAGCCAGCCAAACUGCCCCUAGAGACAAUCCUCCCAGAGAACUACUCCUCCGCGCCAGGAAGUAUGCCCCAAGGAUCCCCGAUCAAGUCAGUGCAGCAGCAUGGUCACACCCCCUCUGAUGGAUAUGGGUACCCUCACCCUGAACCAAUGAUGGAUGAUAGGAUUGACCAAGGCAGACUAGAAAUGGAAUCGCACCAUAUGCAGUCAUACAGAGAAUCCUCGAUGUCUCAGAACCAACAGGAUUUGAUGGGGCUGUCAAACGUAGCUCCUCCGCCCCCGCUGAACAGUCAGCCAAUGCAAGAUCACGGGUACGGGGAUGGAGCGCCCUCGAAUCGGGUAGUAAGGCUAACCCGGGGUCCGACGGGACUGGGGUUCAAUAUUGUGGGCGGUGAGGAUAAUGAAGGGAUAUUUGUGUCGUUCAUACUGCCGGGAGGAGUGGCGGAUUUGUCGGGUUCGUUGCAGCGAGGAGAUCAGAUCAUUGCGGUGAACAAUACCAACUUGACAUAUGCCACUCACGUGCAAGCUGCUCAGGCUCUUAAGUCAGCUGGACAGACAGUGACGCUGGAGGUCGUGUACAGACCCGAUGAAUAUGCGCGUUUCGAGGCUAAGAUUCACGAGCUGAGGGAGCAAAUGAUCUCAUCCAACUCGCAGGAAGGAACUCUGCAGACAGCCGCAAAAAAGAGCUUCUAUGUCCGUGCCCUGUUUGACUUUGCGGCUGGAAAGGACAAGGCCAUACCUGGAUCUGGCCACUCGUUCGUGCAUGGGGACAUAUUGCACGUGCACAAUGCCACAGACGAGGAGUGGUGGGCUGCCACUCUGGUCGUCAAUGGAACCCCGGGCGUCAACGAGAGCGGAGUUGGCCUCAUACCAUCUAAGAGACGAAUCGAGAGGAAGGAGCGACAGCGGAUCAAGUCUGUGAAGUUCCAGCAGAAUCAACAGCAGGAGAGUGGAGGCGACAGAAGGAGUAAUACACUGGACAAGAAGAAGAAGGGUGGAUUGCUGAAGAAGUUCACCCUGAGCAAGAGCAAAGACAGUGACCUGGACAGUGCUGGAGGGGCAGGGGGAGGCAUAGUGGUGAACAGUGACGUGGACCAGUCGGGGGGACACUACACCAGCAAUGCCUCUGACUCAGAGGGGUCCCUCAAGGGGGGCAUGGAUGGAUCAGAGACUACUAUUCUCAGCUAUGAGUUGGUCACCCAGAUCGAAGUGGACUACAAGCGACCCAUUGUCAUUCUUGGUCCCUGGAAGGACAAAGUGAACGAUGACCUCAUCUCGGAUCAGCCGGACAAGUUUGGCAGCUGUGUGCCCCAUACUACUCGUAAGAAGAGGGACUAUGAGGUGGAUGGGAGGGACUACCACUUCAUGGAGAGUAGGGAGGAGAUGGAGAGAGACAUUGCGGCCGGCAAAUUCAUCGAAGCAGGUCAGUACAAUGAGAACUUGUACGGGACUAGUCUGCGUGCAGUGGAGGAUGUGUGUGUGGUGAAGAAGAAGCACUGCAUCCUGGAUGUGAGUGGCAAUGCCAUCAAGCGACUCAUCCUCGCUCAAAUCUACCCAGUCGCCAUUUUCAUCCGACCCAAAUCCACCCGCAACAUACUUGACACGAUGCCCCGCUGGACUGAGCAGCAUGCAGCCCGCAUCUUCGAGAGGAGCCAGAAGACAGAGGCAGACUUCGUGGAAUCAUUCACCGCGAUUGUUGAGGGUGAUACUUACGAUGAGAUCUACGACAAGUGCAGACGGGUCAUCGAAAAUAACUCGGACACCUUCAUCUGGGUACCAUCCAAAGAGAAGCUGUGAAGGGGAUUAGCGAGAGAGAAUAGAGGGAAUACAUAAGACAACAUCUAUAACACUUAAGAUGGAGAUAUGUCAGAAAACUUAAAAAAAAUGCGAGCAAGAACAGUCUUCAAAGAUUUGUAAUAGUUAUAGUGUGCUAAGCUUCUCAGUUUGUGAAAUGUUCAAACAUUCUUGAUUCUCGGAAUCUAAAUUUCAUUUUAAUGUGCUUACAGCGUUUUGUAAAAAAAAGUCGAAUUUCAUAACCAGCACUAUAAAUAAUACCUGAAGCAAAAAGUUGAAACUCUAAAAUGUUUUAUCUUAUGCGAUUCUGAUUUUUGUGCAAGAGAGCGCAUUUUUCAUUAACAUUUUAACCGGCAUUUCUAAUUUCAAAUCAAAUCUAUCAUUGAAAAAUUGUAAUGCAAUUAAUACUAAUUGGAUUUGUAAACAGAAUACUGAUUUUGUAUAGUGUGUCUAAUUUAUGAAACAAGUGAAAAGAUUUGCGGCUUUGUGGUAAGUGCGAAUUUAAAAAUACAAGCAUAUUUUA